UAGGUAGACACGGAAGAGAGAAAAAUAAAUUAGUCAGUAAUAUGAUAAACCACUAACCGCAGUGGUAAAUCCCAGUUACUUACAGACACAGUAACACCGAUGAAAACUGUUCAGUUCCUGAUGUCAUGUAUUCGUAUGAUAAGGAUCUUGUAAAUUCAAAAAAACUACGCAACAAUCAAUUCAUUUGCAACAUUUAUCGAUAACAUAUGAGGUGAUUUGAAGUAAUAAAUUUAUUAUUUAUUGGCCAAAACAUUCGAGUGUCGAAUAAACAGUGAAAUUUGUGACAAUGGUGAAUAUUGAUAGAAUUAAAGAGCUUUAUCCUCUGCACUGGCUGGUGUGGAACAACGAUCAUGUUGAGUUGAAUAGCCUGUUAUCAACAAAUCAGCAUAACAAAGAACAACACGACAAUCGAGGAAGAACACCUCUGAUGUUGGCUGUGACCCUUGGGUACAAGGAAUCCAUUCAAGUACUCCUCGACAACGACGUGAACGUUUACACGGAAAAUAAAGAUGGAUGGAGUGUCGUCCAGGAGGCAACUGGCACUGGAAAUCCAGAAAUCCUGCAAAUUGUGUUGGCAAGACGAGACUACCAGAGGCACUGCAACCGCGUCGAUGGAAUUCCUGAGCUUCUCCAGAAGCUCAAGCAGGCGCCUGAUUUCUACGUCGAGAUGAAAUGGGAAUUCACAAGUUGGGUCCCACUGGCUUCCAGGAUGUGUCCCAGUGACACAUACAAAGUGUACAAACAGGGCAGCAACGUACGAAUAGACACAACUCUUCUAGGUUUUGACCACACAAAUUGGCAGCGUGGAAAUUUGAGUUACGUUUUCAAAGGACAAAAUGUGCCAAGCACACCAGUGCCAAUAAGAUGUCAGAGAAGUUAUGUGUUCAGCAUGGUGGGAGAAAGACCAGAUGACGGUGCAACGAUGAUGGAGGUCGAUCACGAGACACGAAGAGUUUACGUGGAGCAUAUGAAGUUAAUUGACGACGAAAACGUGCAAUUAAUGGCACCAUCUGAGGAGGGAAUCCUGGCACGAUUGACGAAUCCAAUAGUUACGACUUACGUUGAUACAGAUAAAAUUAGUUUUGAACGAAAUAAAGCUGGACUGUGGGGCUGGCGUUCGGACAAGAGUGAAGUGAUAAACGGCCACGAGUGUAAAGUAUUUAGUGCGAGUAAUGUCGAAUUGAUAACGAAAACUCGUUUAGAACAUUUGUCAGAUGCUGAUAAAAAUAUUGCUAGAAGUGCUCGUACACCGUUGCAAUCGUUUCUGGGUAUUGCUGAACAACAGCAGGAGGAAAAUAGUGGUGCAACGAGUAGUGAAGAAUUUUCCCACAUCGGUAAUCCCUCUAAUAUAACGCCUGAAGAGUAUUUUGAUCCCGAUUUUGAGUUGAAUGGACGAGACAUCGGAAGACCAAAGGAAGUCACCACAAAAAUUCAAAAAUUUCGAGCUACUCUCUGGCUCUCUGAGGAUUAUCCUCUGAGUCUCCAGGAGCAAAUAAUGCCGAUUGUCGAUCUCAUGGCCAUCUCUAGUACUCACUUCGCCAAACUCAAGGAUUUCAUCCAAAUGCAACUGCCAUCUGGAUUUCCAGUUAAAAUAGAAAUCCCUCUCUUCCAUGUACUAAAUGCGAGAAUAACUUUUGGAAAUAUUUUUGGUAUGGAUCAGGAAGUGGAACACGUUAAAAAAAUUCAAGACGGAACGAGAACUGUCUGUGUCGUUGAUGAUAUUUGUUUUGAUGCACCAGUUGGUUAUGCCAAGCUGGGAGCUCUAGAUCGAACACAAUUCAGUAUUGAGGAGGAGGACGACCUUUUGCAAUUUGCCAUUCAACAGAGUUUGCUCGAGGCCGGUAGCGAAAAAGACGAGGUAGAUAUUUGGGAAGCCCUGAGAGCGCAAAAACCAUCCAGGCCAACGACCCCCAAUAUGGCGACUGAUGAAGAGAGGCAACUGCAGAGGGCCAUUCAAGAGAGCUUGGAGCUUUACCAAGCGAGAGUGGAGUUUCGGGACGAUGGGGAUAGCCACAGAACUACUAAUAAUCAGGACGAAAGUUCCAUUGAAGAUACAGCUGAACAGCUCAGAAUUGCACUGCGAUUGUCUGAACAGCAGCAGAUUGAAGACGAACAGCGUAGAUUACUCGAAGAAGAAACAUUCCGACAGGUUCUUGAGCUAUCACUAACAGAUAAAUGAAAUUAAUAUUGAAGUGUUAAAAGGAUUAUAAUGAAAUGCAAAAUUAACGUGAAAUCUUGCUUCAAUGGAAUCGCAGGAUAUAAACUCAGUUGCAGUGCUUUUCGUGAACUGUUUUAUAUUUGAAAUAAAUUAAUUAAAAAAAAGAAA